AUGGAACAGCGCUGUUCUCUGACGAUCAAUGCCAAAGCAUAUUUGCAACAAAAACUAUAUGGUCAAGUCUUAGCAAAUAUUCAGAAAAUUAUACCUAUUAGUGAAUUAUUGGAAGAAGAGCGUGAAAUAUUGACCUUAGCUUCUCGCAUGUGGAUCAACAAUUAUCGCCUUCAGUGGCGAAAAAUAGAAUCUUAUUUGAAGGACGAAACAAAUACAGAAGUUGAAGAAAUAAAAAUGUACCGUAAUUUGGUGCGUAUGAAAAUUGAAACUAUAUCAAAAUUAGUAUUAAAUAUACUAAAAACUGCUAAGUUUUCGGAACAAAUAUCUAUCGACUCACAGGUUAGUGUUCUUCGCUUAAAAGCUGAUUGUUAUCGCUAUCAGACUGAAGUGGCAGAAGAUGAAGAGAUUAAGUAUGCCGCCCAUAAGACACUUAAUGCAUAUAUGAAAGUCUGUCUUCAUCUAACCGGUGCACUGCAUCAGAAGGAUCCAUUGCGUGCAGAAAUUCCUUUAUAUUUUGCAACUUUAUAUCAAGAGUCAAAAGUAGCGCCCAUCACUGCAUGUUAUGAUGCACAAAAGUUUUUCGAAAAAUUAAGAAUGAUGGUAUUUAAGGUUCCACUCAAAAUAAUUUCCUAUCAAAAAGGAAGCUCCAUGAUAUCUAUACAAUAUGCGAGGAGUUCUACCGAUACUAGUAGAGAAAGUGCACCUAAAGAAGAGCUUACUCUACUGUAUAAAAAUGUAUUUCAGUAUAAUUCUAGUGAUGAGGAGGAUGAUGCAGACGAACUCAACUCCAAUUUAGAUAUUCCAUUAGAUACCACCUGCUGUGAGUUAUCUAAAAAAUAUAUGCAUGCAAUUUUGGAUGAGCCUACUUAUACGUGUGAUGAGGACAUUUUAUCUUCUGAUGAAGAAACUGUUUCAAUAAGCAAAAAACUUAUCGAAGAAUAA